AUGGAAUCAAGGUCGACAACAACAAAUCUUUCAUCACCUCCUGAAUCUCCAGAAUUUCACUCAGAAAGUACUCAAUCAGACAAUUCUCGUCCAGCAACACCACAUACUGGUAGUUCCUCGCACUCCCAACAGCCUGUUAGAAAACCAAACUUACAGGAUCUAUAUGAUAUGAUGAAGUCUUCGCACGAUUUGAGAAUCCAUAAGCAUCAUUCAAAGCAGCAGCAGGAUAAUAUGACGGAUGAAACAGACUUGUUUUUUCUGAGCAUGAGCAAAGCAGUUAAAAAACUUCCGAAACUAGAUCAGACCAAAAUAAAAUUGGAUUUGCACACUGCUGUAUCACAAGCUGAAAUAAGGAAACUUCAGACACAAGCACAAAUUCUUAGAACACCAAUUAAUGUGACUCACCAGAUAGUUACUCGGCCACAACAACCGCUGCCACUCCAGCUACCCAUUCAACCAUCCACAUCCAUGACGACAUUUCCAGCAGUCCCAGCUACACCAACUCUCGACAACAUCAACUCUCAACAAUCGGCCUCAACACUUUAUAAUUUUGAAGAAGAUAACAUCUCAUCAUAUUAUAGCAAUGCAGACUUUUCUGAUGAUAACUGA